AUGAGCAGCAGUCUCUCAGAAGAGUGUGCCUAUGACCGCUCACAGAGGCCUUUUGUUCCUUUGUUUCAGUUAUUGCAGGCCAGAGCAGAUGGUCAUUUCCAGCAGCGAGCACUGUCUACUGCCUUCUACACGUGGUACAGAGGCUGGCUAUGGCACCAGCAGAGACGGAUCCUGCACACAAGAGCAGUGCAUUUCCACAGAGGGACAUUAGAAAAGCAAGUAUUUGCUCUGUGGAGGCAGAAGAUGUCUCAGCAUCGAGAAAACUGCUUGGCAGAGAGAAUGGCUAUACUGCAGGCAGAGCAGCAGCUUUUACGUAAGUUCUGGUUCGUGUGGCACCAGCAGGCAACAGUGUGUCAGCUGGAGCGACAGCAGCAAGCCAUGGCCAUUGCCCACCACCACAGCGGACUGCUCAGGAGGGCUUUCUGCAUCUGGAGGGAAAGCGCCCAAGGAUUUAGGAUAGAGAGGAUGGGCAGGGCACAGGCUGCACACUUCCACUCUGCACGGCUCCUGAGUUGGGCCUGGAGCAUGUGGAGGGAGUGCCUGGCCCUGAGGCUGGAAGAGCAGCAGAAACUGAAGUGUGCCGCCCUGCACAGCCAGUGCACCCUGCUUCGCAGGGCUCUGCAGAAGUGGCUGGUAGGAGCCAGGGUUUACCAGAACAGGGUGAGGAGUGUUCUGCAGGAGGUGGCAGCCAGGGAGAGACAGCACAACUGGCAGCUGCUGUGGUGGGCGUUACAGUGCUGGAGAGAAAACACCGUGGCCCGUUUGGACGGAGCCAAAAAAACCUCUCAAGCAAGAGUCCACUACAGCAGGACUCUGUGCUCCAAGGUCCUCAUCCAGUGGCGAGAGACUACGUCAGUGCAGAUAUAUUACCAACAAAAGGAGGCACCUGCCCUCAGGGAAGCCCGGAAAGCAUUGGACAGGGGUCGUCUCCGGAACUGGUUUCAGCACUGGCAGUUCUGCAGCCAGAGGGCGGCCCAGCAGNGAUUCCAGCUGGGACAGGCGGCUCAGCAUCACCGCUGGCAGCUGCUGAUGGAAGCAAUGGCCAGGUGGAAGGCACACCAUCUGGGGUGUAUCAGAAAGAAGUUUCUGCAGAGACAAGCUGCCCAACUCCUGGCACAGAGACUCGGUCGGGCCUGCUUCUGCCAGUGGAGGAAGCAGCUGACAGUCCGGAAGCAAGAACAGUGGGGCACAGCCCGGGCCCUGUGGUUCUGGGCCUUCUCACUACAAGCAAAGGUGUGGACUGCAUGGCUGGGCUUCGUACUUGAGAGGAGGAGGAAGAAGGCACGGCUGGAACAGGCUAUGCAAGCCUACCAGCAGCAGCUCCUACAGGAGGGUGCCACAUGGCUUCUGCGCUUCACAGCUGGCAUGAAGGCCUUCCGGCAGCAGCUCCAGGCCCAGCAGCAGGUCCAGGCAGCUCACAGCCUCCACUGUGCAGUCNGCCACUGUGCUGAGCUCUGGAAAAAGAAGGUGCUUGGUCCAGGCAAGACUUCUCAACCACCAGCAUCCACCACAUUCAGCAAGAGCGUGACAUUUAAGGAUUCCUUCCUCUCUGGACAAGCAGCGGAGGCUGGAGAUGCCACCCUGGAGACAAAGAAACUUUGAGCUCCCCCAUCCCAGGGAGUCCUGGGUAGUUUGGCAGGAGCUGCUGGGGAGCCCUGCNUCCUAGACCUGUGAGUGGCCUGUGGUUCACGGAAACAGCCCCGACGUCCAUCUUUCCUGCUUGAGCGUUUGGGGAGCCAGAGGUCCCCAGAGUGGUACACCCUUGUGGAGCAGCAGUUAGAGAAGCCCCCGGAGGAGGAAAGCACGGCUCCGCUGGGAGGCCCUUCCCUGACAAGACCCUUCCUACCUGGGGUCUUGCCGAAUGUUCCUGGUCCAAAGCUGCCUCCUACGGCCAGUCCAGGCCUGGAGCUGCUGCCUCCCUCCUCCAUCAUGCCCCGUGCGGCAGGAGGCACUGCCAGGGUGUCAGCGAAGCCCAGCAUCCCUGGACCUCAGCCUUGGAGGUGCCCGUCCUUACCCAGGGACCUUGAUCCCCAUCUCCUCCCCAGAGAUUCCAUAAGCACCCGGACUGGGCCUGUUUAUGGCUCNGAGGCUACAGGCCACACAGAGCUUGAGGCUGAGUUGGAGGGGAUCCAGCAGCAGUUACAACACUACCAAACCACCAAGCAGGACCUUUGGUCGUGCCAGCGACAAGCCAACAGACUGCGUAGGUGGCUGGAGCUAAGCCAGGAGGNGCCGAGAUCUGAGGACCUUCAUCUAGAAGAGCAGGUGAAAACAGAACUGGAGGAGGUGGAACUACAGAUCCAGCAGCUGGCUAAGGAGCUCGAGGCCCAGCGUCAGCCUGAGACGGGCUUUGUGCUAGUGGGCCCAUCCCCGGGGGACAGGUGCUAUCCUUCACAAAGCCUUGGACACAUUGCCCCACCCUCAACAACAAAAUACAAAGCUACGGUAGUUUUUUGUUUUGUUUUUUUUAAUUUCAAAAUGUCUUGCAAUGAAAUGAAUCACUGUUCAGAAGUCUCCUACGUUUCAUACAAAAUACGGUACUACUGA